AGUCAGUCAGUCAUACCCGUGCCACACGGGCGCCGAAAAUGGCAUUCAGUAGUUAAGGCCUUAAGUUCCUGAAUGACAUUUUUUUCGGCGGAGCUGCCACACGUCGUAGUUAAAUGACAUUUGACACGAUGGUGUCGAUGGCAGCGUCUUCUGAAGUGAGCAAUUUUAGGGUAUUAAUUAAAAAAUAAAUAUGCAUUUUGAAGUUUAUGCAUUUAAAACUACCGUAGUAAACAGUGAAAUGUACAAAUAAGCAUACUAUGGUACGGUUAGCGUGAGUUUUUUUUACUGUCUUUUAGAAUCGACCAUAGCAACUCUGGCCAAUGUAUGUCAAAUCCGGAGCCCAUAAACAAAAUGGCGCCUGCUCUAUCGCGACCGUUGCAACGCCGACCUGAGGAAAUUCGUCGAGCACAACUCCUGUUAGCUGCGUUAAUAUGUUUCCGCGCAAAAGAUCGUGCGGAACAUCGCAGACUCCAAGAGCAAAGAGAAGCUGUGAAACGUCAGAUCUGCGACGUAGAGCUUCAGAUGUUUUCGAACUCGUUCAACUUAGUUGCCGUCGCUACCAUGUUGAGCGCAACAGCCAGAUCUCGAUGGCGCUUUCCUCGCAACCAGCGGUGGUUUGAAGACACCCUGCCUAAUUUGGGAGAAGCGCACUUCAAGAGGUGUUUUCGUGUUUCACCAGCCACGUUCAGGUAUAUCGUGGAAUCUUGUCGCAGCGAUCUGCAACGUGUAGAUACUGUAAUGACCGAGGCCAUUUCCGUGGAAAAAAGAGUCGCCGUCGCUCUCUACCGUUUGUGUUCUACUGCGGAAGACAGGACGAUUUCAGAGUUAUUUUCACUUGGCCGUUCAACAGUGAACAAAAUAUACAAGGAGUUCUGUGCAGCCGUUCUGCAAAACCUUGAGGAAGCCUGGCUCAAGAUGCCUGCACCUGCAGACAUUGAAGAUCACAUGAGGGAGUUUCAUGCCAUGACUGGGUUCCCGCAAGGCGUUGGGGCGCUGGACGGUUGCCAUUUCCCGGUGUCGCCUCCGAAAGAACAUGCUUCAGAUUACCACAACUACAAGGGGUGGUACAGUAUGAUCCUGCUGGCAAUGGUCGACCACCGUUACCGGUUGCGCUACACAAACGUCGGCUCUCCUGGGCGAUGCCACGAUGCAUUUGUUUAUGGCAGGUCGACACUUCGGAAGCUCAUUGAAAGUGAUUUAUUUCAACGUCCAACAGUUGCCAUUGAAGGUGUUCAUGUACCUCCUAUUAUUUUAUGCGAUCAGGCGUUUUCACUGACAUGUAAUCUUCAAAAGCCAUACGCAAAUGCAUUACCAAACACACCUGAAUAUGCACUUAAUUACAACUUGUCAAAAUCAAGAAGAAUUGUGGAAAAUGCUUUUGGACGAAUGAAACGACCCCGUACCGUGGACGACUUCCUCAGCAUUGUAUCCGAAGUGGAUAGAGCAGUGGACCACGCCCGCCUGAUCCGAUCUCCACAGCCAGCAGAGCAAUUCGCAAGACAGCCGGGACGCCUCCAGCUCCAGAGUGCUACUGCCAGAACUGACAGUACUGUGAACUCAUCACAGACUGCUCGACCAUCUACGUUCCAGCAAACCACACGCAUGACACUGCCUCCUCGUAUUAACAGCCUACCACCUGCGGACCAAGAGUCGAGGUACGAAGCCAUUUCAGCUAAGUAUGGUGCCCCAGCAUACAGAAAAGGACAAGACUUGAAAGAUGCGGUGUGCUACAACUGUCAAGAGAAGGGUCACCUACCAAGUAAAUGUACUACACCAAAGCAACCUUCGGGUGACAACAAGCCGACAGUCCCCAAAGCACCAACAGCCUGUGUUGGCCGUGUCAAUGACACCCUGCAUGGAUCCAAGUUCAGAUGUGCCGUCGCUACUGCUCACGUCAAAGGACUGGGAGAGAUCAGUGCUUUCCCAGACAGCGGUUCAAACGUCACCAUUCUUGCAGCAAGCUUAGCAUCAAACCUCAACAUCGAACCGUGGACCAAGCCACCUUUGCUUGUCGUCGGCGGAAGCUCCGUCAUGCCUGAAGGAUCUGUCUUUUUGAGGAUCACUAUUGGGCCUCUAUCCGCAGUUGUCGAAGCAGCCAUCCUUGAACGAAAUGCCCUUCCCCUCAUUCUGGGAGAGGAUUGGUUUUACGCAGCUCAAGCUGAACUCCACUUCAAACCUCCGAAGCUGCCUGUGAUCUGCCAGCCAUCUACCAACGUUGUCGUGCAGUGCAAAGAGAAACUAUUGCCAAGAAUGUCAAAUGCAGUAAUUUUGACAACAUCUGCAUUGUCACGUUUUGAUCCCUCGCAACCCACGGCAGAGCCACUUCAAUUCGAGUACGAGCCAGCUCAACAAGGCGGCCCUAGUUCAACUGGAAACAACAUGCCCCACAAGCCCACUCCAGACAAGCUCUUCCAGCCCAUUGCCUUGAGACCCACUUGCUAA